CACUUCUUUACCAUCCAAAUAGCAACUUAUACAUUAUUUUUUUUAAAAGAAAAUGUCUGACUCUGAGGCAUCCACCACUCCUGCCCUCCCGCGUAAUGAAUACACAAUCGGAUGGGUGUGCGCGCUCUCAACAGAAUUGACGGCAGCAACAGCCAUGCUAGACUCAGAGCAUGAGCUGCCCAGCAACCCACCCGGGGAUAAAAACGUCUAUACGCUUGGUUCCAUUGGAAAGCACAAUAUUGUUAUUGCUUGCCUACCAAAAGGCAAGCAGGGGACCACGUCCGCAGCAGUUGUGGCGACGCAGAUGCUCGAGUCUUUUUCAUCCAUCAAAUUCGGGUUGAUGAUUGGCGUUGGAGGGGGCAUCCCUACCAAAGACCACGAUAUUCGACUGGGAGAUGUUGUCGUCAGUACACCAACAAGCAUGUUUCCUGGCGUUGUUCAAUUAGAUUUAGGUAAAGCAAUAGAGGGUGGCGGCUUCGAGCGGAUUGGGUCGCUGAAUAACCCUCCAAAUAUCUUACUGGCAGCACUGCAACGCUUGGAGACACGACAUGAAAUGAAAGGCUCCAAAAUAGAGAAAUAUGUUGACCAGAUGAUAAAAAAAUGGGAAAACCUAAAACAGAAAUACAGCCGGCUUGAUUCAAUGGAGGACGUCCUCUUUGCAUCAGACGAUAUCACAAAAGUUAUUGACCGAGAGCCGAGAGACGGUGUCAAGGUUCACUACGGCCUUAUUGCCUCUGGAAACAAGGUUAUCAAAGAUGCCACUCUACGAGAUACGAUAACUGGCAAUCUCAACCAUCAUGUUCUGUGUGUGGAGAUGGAAGCAGCAGGGCUGAUGGAUAACUUCCCUUGUCUUGUUAUUCGAGGCAUAUGCGACUAUGCAGACUCUUAUAAGAACGACGACUGGCAAGGAUUCGCAGCAGCCACGGCUGCAGCCUUUGCAAAAGAGCUUCUCUCGAUAAUUCCUGCAUCUGAUGUGGAGCAGAUGGAAAGUAUCAAAAGUAAGGAGCUUCAUUCCUCCAAUUAUUAUUCCAUCAGUAUCAAUCCCCGUGAGAAAACUCAGCCUUUGGGAAUUGAAGAUAGGCAAUCGCACGAUGGAUGGCCAGUCAGCAGCUCUGGAGAGCUGGCGCGAGAGCCAGUGUUGCUAGCUAGGCCCUAUUGAGCCAUGAUUAGAUAUCAAUAUUAACAAAUGGUUUUCUUAGUUAUUGCCGGUA